AAGCAGUUCAAAGAUAUCAGAAGAAAUAGGAUCAUGCUCAUCAUUUUCCGUCACCGGAAAGAAGAUCUAUUGCGGUUACGGAAAUGGUCGAAUAGUUACAAUUGGUUUAGCUGCGUCUUGAUUAUGACGUCAGUUUAACCAGUUUACAUUAUGACGUCAUAAUAACGUUACAGGUGCUAUUUUGAGUCGCACCCCCUCUUUGACAAUAUACUGGACCCGCUCUUGUAUUUUUUAUAUUUGGGUGACCAUAUUCUGCAAGACUCCACUGAGGGAACGCUAAAGAGGGGGUCCUCAGCUUUAAUUUGUUACCUCUCAUUACCAAACUUUUGUGUAACGUCCAUCAUCUCAUAGAAAUAAACCAUGGCUUGAACUCGUGUACUUUCCGCAGCAUGUGGUCUUGCCGAUGUGUCAACAAGCAAUGAUUAUAGAGGGAUGUAAAAUCAAAGUGGUCUUCCCGGAAAACGAACUCAUACAAUAUGGAAAGUGAGAGGAGAGAUGACAGAUAGCGAUUCUCCAUGGCCUGUCAACAGCACCUCAGGCCGAAAGAAUUCGGACUUUCGCAUCAGACCCCAAGUGAUUUCAUCCGUCUUGAGUUUGGACCUCCAGUCCUCUACCUAGUAUGGUCCAGUGUCUGGGGCCUCUACCACUUUGUGUGGGUGUGUCUGGAGGGCUACUGGUGGUCUCUAAAGUCCCACUACACAACCCUGGACUGGUUCAGACAACUGAGUAAUGUCGGCUACACCGUUCUCACAAUGUUUGUGUUGAUUGACUUCUCCAUAACUCUCUACACGCACUGUAUCAAAAAUCGAAUCGCUACAUCAGAUGAAGAAUCGGACACCAUGCGGUGGUACCAUAAACUGACAUGGGUGUUGUACAAUAUCUCCAACUCCACGGCAGUAAUGGUUACCAUAACUUACUGGGCUCUCCUGUCAAAAGAUAGUCCACUGAAAGGCAGCACAAUCAACAAACAUGGAAUAAACUUCAUUUUUACAAUACUGACAAUAAUCCUAUCACGAAAGCCAAUCAAGCCGCACCAUGUCUACAUGCCAAUGUUGUUCAGCCUUUGUUACAUGAUAUUUACAGCGAUUUACUUCGCUACCACAGGGAUUAAGGUGUACCCAAUACUGGAUUGGAGUAAGACAGGGAAAGCCAUUAUGUGGGUUGUUUUAUAUACACUUGUUUGCAUACCGAUUGCACAUCUUUUAUUGUUUGGAUUAUACAGAUUAAAACUGUAUUUGAUGAGACGUUUCAGGAAUAGCAGUGAUAAUUCACCACAGGAUUGUGAUGCCAAUAAAAACGAUAUAUCUAGUAACAGAACGGGAGAAUCUUCGACAGCUCAAUUAUUAUCUGUGCCCAGUGAAGUUGUGGAAAGCAGUCUCGAAAAUAUGUGAUAAUGUAUUUGCUCAAAUUUGUUUUUAUCACUAGUUAAUUUUUCUUCAUGUUUUAAUUCUGUUAUCAUGAUAAAUAGUAUCUACGAAUCCCAACACCUCGGUGCAAAUAAUCUAGUGUUUCUUCAUUUUUCGUUGGAUACUAAUUGUUGUUGUUUUUUCAUGAAUGUGUCAGAAAAUAAAGUGAUGUGACCAACGUGGUAUAGAUCAUGCUAACGAUUCCUUAAGUAGUUAUGCAUGAAAGAAACUUAAGUUUAGAUAAAUCCACGAAAGUAUUACUUUUGUAAAAUGUUUCUUCUGUCAUCCUCUUUUUUUAUUUCCUUUCUCCAUUUUUCAUAAUUUUCUCUUCAUUGUUCACGUCUCUGCUCAUAUCUAGUGCGUUACAUAAUAACCAGACUAGCUAUUACCACAAAAUCAGUAUUACAGGUUGGUGAUGGUUCUUGAGGUUAUAAUAAAAAGAACAAGAAAAGAUAAGAGUCAUCAGUCUCAUAAAUCCUAUAAAGAAUACAAAAUUAAGGGAAGGCCAAACACGGACCCCUGGAGUGGGAUCAGGUAUCUAAGAGGAGUAAGCAUCCCAUGUUGGCCGGCCACACCCGCCAUAAACCCUGUAUUUUGAUCAGAUAAAUCAAGUAAUCCGUAGUCAAAAUCAGUGUAAAAAGAACGAUCUAACAAUUGAUAUGAAACACGUCUGAAGUAUUCAGCCUAACGACAGGUUGUAUAUGUAAAUUAGACCAUUAUAACCACGAAAACUUUGCUGAUUUUAAAGAAAACUGUUGAAACCCCUGUCACAUCAUGAAGACUGGGCAAUGGUUUUGAUUUAAAAAAAAUUGGCGUCUCAUGUGUCAGUCGAUCCAUUCCCCAUAUACCCCAAACAAUCCUAUGUAUCAAAAGAAACCAAAUGUUGCAUAAUAUGGUGUUUAUGUCUCUCAACUGAUUUGAUAUGCAAUUGCUUAUUCUGCCUACGGUAAUUUUUUUUAAAUAGAGACAGGCUAUUGACAAAUAAGUUGAUGUUACAUGGUUUUCAACAGUCUCGUUUAAAGUCAGCAUUUCGCAAAUUUUAUGAUCGAUAUAACUAUCUAAUUUAUAAAUACUGACUGUCAUUGGGCAAAAUGCUCUCUGGCAUGUUUCAUACCAAUGAAGCCGUUCUUUGCACACUGAUUUUGACUACGGAUAACUCCGUUUACCCGAUCAAGAUAUAGGGUCCACGGCUGAUGGGACCGAUCGACAGGGGAUGCUUACUCCUCGUAGACACCUGAUUCCACCUCUGGUGUGUCCAGUGGUCCGUGUUUGCCCUACUAUGAAUUUUGCAUUCUUUCUGGGAUUUAUCACCGUUUGUUAUGUUCACCUUUUUAUCAUGCUGAUAAAAGAAGCUCAAGUUAUUAUUUUGCAGAUGGUCCAUUGAAUUUUAAAUACUGCAAUGAAAAUAACAAACAAAAAAACUUUUAUAUGAUAAUGAAAUCGUAAAUUAAAUUACGUGACGUGAAAACUAAUUUCGUUUUGACACGUGAAAGUAUACAUUCUGCAGAUACAGUAUUUGUAUUCAAAAUUUGUCUAUUACUAAAAUAACUUGCAUAAAAGUAUUAUAAAAUGUC